AUGGAGCAGCUGGAGCGAGAGAUCCGGAAGGAGAUCGACGAGAUGAACACGAGCGUCUCGCUGGUGGACCGGCUCGAGGCGAGCGACACGAUGGACGAGGAGCGGCGCGACGAGCUGCUGUCCUCGACGCGCGCCGUCUUCGAGAGCGUCAAUCCGAACAACGUCAAGAACAGCCUGACCGAUUCGCAGAUUUCCAUCAUCUCCAAGCACGACGGCUACCCGGACUCGUCCGGACACUUCUACAGCAUGCCGACCGGGAAGGAGGAUGGUGCGGGUGGUGGUGGGGGUGGUGGCCAUCUGGACCACGGUGGUACCGGACGGCCGUCCGGUCCGGAUGCACCGGCCACCGGGCCGACCAGCAAGGAGCGAAAGCAGACGAAAUCCAAAGCAAAACACCAAAAGGUCGUCGGAGGAGGAGGCGAGAAGGAACAGCCGGCUGCGCCAGCCCCUGGACCGGAGGCGAUGGGCAAGGGUCAGCCGCUGGGCAGUGCCUCGUUGGCCAACCUACUGUUCGCACCCGGUGCCGGCCCCGGCUGCACCAAGCGUAAGAAGCUCCCAUCGACGGUGGUGCUCGGGCUGAUCCAGCUGCUGCUGAGCGUAACGCUGGCCGCCCUCGGCGGACUGGUCAUCGCGAGGAACGCUUCGCUGGCCAUGGCCGGCACCGGGCUGUGGUGCGGCGCCAUCGCCGGGAUCGCCGGUUCGCUCGGACUGAUGAACGUCAAGAUGGCCAAGACCGGCUUCCUGGCGGUCAACCUGAUCUGCGUCGCCUCUAGCACGCUCGGGCUAGCGUUGACCGGCAUCGGUGCCGUCCGCGACGCGAACUUGGCCCAGCAAGACGAGUUAAUCUGGGGUGCCGUCACUGCCGGCACUGGACUGCUGGUCGCGCUGGCCGUACACUUCCUCAUCAGCGUCUUCUCCGUCUACUACUCGGCCCUCAAACUAUGUUCCAGACCAUCACAAAAGCUACAAAUGAUUGACAAUGUGAUGCACACAAACUCGCAAGCGUUCAUGACCCAGCAGAAGGUGGAAGAUUAUAUAAACUCGCUGCACGUCGAGCCGGGCGUUAAGGAUAUGAUGUAUCAGACAAUGCUGAAACGAAGCUUCGGUUCUAUGUACGGUGAAAAACAUCGAGUUGGCGAUAACUAUAGCACGGGGACGUCCCAACGGGUCAUGUUGGUGCCGGCAGGUGCCGGAAACGGGCUCCCUCCAAUGAUGCCGAUGUAUCCACCGGUUCAAUCUUCGCCACCCGGCAAUUCGUCUAUGAUCUAUCCACCGAACCUGAUGCCACCGGGCGUGCCGCAGUACCAACCGUACCCGGAGAGCGCCCUGAUGGAGGCACAAAUCUCGCGUACGAAUCGCAAACGGUCGACGAUGCGCAUGAACAACGAACGAAACGGUGCCGACAUCGAGCGGCCCAGGCGGAAAUCGGAUUCCGAUCUGGAGAAAACGUUUACCUACACUGGCCUAGAUCGAGACAUUGCCGACAGCUAUCUGGCGAAGGAGGAGGAGAAAUUGUCGAGCAGCAUCGUUAGCAACAGUGGGCAUCAUCCAUCGCUUCCGCACACGUACCAUCAUGAUUUGAUGCUGAUUGAUCAUCGUACAAAUUUCGAACGUUACAAUGAUAUUCAUAUGUAAGCUUGCGCGGGA